ACAACCAGAGGUAAAAAUUGAAAGAGAAAGUGUAUGUGAAGUCUACUGCAAAUGUAUGAAGUGCAAAUACAUAAAGUUGUAUCUCCAGAUAAACAUUUUUUUUGUCAAGAGAGAUUAGAUUAUUGUAUUUAUUUGCCAUGCUUGAUUUUUUUUUGUUGACACAAACAUUUUAUUAAAUGGAAGCAUGUUCGGAUGCUCGUCUACAGUGGUGUGGUUUAAGCUUUAGGUCAAGCAAGUAAUGGCUUACUGAUUAGAAGAAGGUACUAUACCCUUGUCUAUAGAUUUUCAAGGGGACGCAGAAAUGGCUUACAAAUACAAUCCUGCUAGAGGUCACAGAUACACAGAGGAUCAGCCAGUGUAUGAUGAUGGUGAGCAAGCAGAUUAUACAGAACAACAGCAUGCUUACAAUGCAGAAAGACAAUUGUACAAUGAUGAUGUUUAUGAAGAUACUUACCAAGAAGAAAGUACUGACUAUAGUUUUCAAGAGUGUAGAGUGAGAGAGAGACAUGAUCCUUACAGUAUGCGAAACAGCUAUGAAACUGGCAGUAGAAAGUCAGAAACUGAUUAUACGAAGAAUGUACAAGGACAUAGGAGUGAUAUUGAUGUCAGUGGAAAAUUUGGAAGUCAUACAAAAUAUAAUAGAGAUAGAACAACUUCUGUUGAUGAUGAUUACAUUCAUCAUGAUGUGUAUAGACGUGUCCCUGGUGAAAAAAAUGCUGAUGGUGGCAGGCGAUAUUAUAUGGAUACUGGUGAGACAUAUGCAAGAAGACGCGGUAUUAGAGGAGUUCAUAGGAAAAAUGAGUAUGCCCAGGACAACAAUGUCACUGAACACGGACACAACCAUUCUGAUCCCUCUAGUAUACAAUUUCCAAAAAGUUUUAAAAGUCAUAGUGUGAAAUAUGAACAUGGUAAAGGACGUGAUGUAUUAAUGGACAAAAGUGCUCAUAUGUUUGACCAGGAACAAGGUACAGAAACACAUGCUAGGGAAUAUAAAUAUGGUCAUGAACAUAAUUUAACAGAACAAGGCAGAGGAUUUAAGCUAGGUCAAAAACAUGAUGUUAUGACGCAUGACAGGGGGUAUAAACAUGGUCAUUGGAGGAAAACCUCUCACGUAGAUCAUGUUAAGGGAAGAGGCACAAAGACCAGACCAUCUGCUACUUCGCAACAUUUAACUGAGAAUGAUUCUUUUUGUGAUUACAAAAAUUAUGAAAAGAAAAGGCAGCAUAAAACAUUGUUACCAUAUAAAAAAAUUGAAACCAGCAAGGACACCAUUGUGCAAGGUCAUAGUCAUAAACUUAUGUCUUCUUUCAAACAAAGAAAGAGUCUACUUAGCACUCCAGAUAUAGAGCCUAAUAUUACAGAGGGCCUUCUUCCAGUUCCAGUUGAUUCUGACAUAAGUGAUGAUGUACAACCAUUAGCAGAUACUGUACAUGUUUAUUCUAUAAGAGACACUCUUCGCUAUUCAACUGGGCUUCUUCCAACUCCUCCUGAUAUUCAUUCAACACAUGUUUCGACAGGACUUCUACCUACCCCAACAGCCAGUCCAGAAGAAGUUGAAAAUAUUCCUUCUCAUGGUCUCCUUCCAACACCAACAAGCAAACUUUUAUUACAUUCUAACCCUUCAGCAACAGUUGAUAAGGAUGUAAUUAGAAAAGUUUAUCCUUCGCAAGGUCUAUUACCUACACCCACAGCUUCAAUCCCUACUCAUCCACUCAUGGAAAGAGACACAUUUGUUUCUGUGUAUGAUGAUAAUGAGACAGAUUUUUCUACAGAUCACGAUGUUGAUUCUUCAUUGAAUAGUAUACAGAUGCCUGUAAAACAGCCUGAGAGUGGAAGUAAUGAAACUGAAAGUGUUACAGACACACAAUCAGUCAGUGAUGCAGAGAUUCAGCAGUUACAAAAUAUCAUUAUUCAAACACAAUUAACAAAAACACUUGAGGGUAUGCAAAAAACUAUGGAAAUUUUGCAACAAAAAAUUCAACCCAAGAAACAUGUACAAGGUGAUUUGAAUGAGAAACAUCUUGGAAAUGUAGUAUUAGAUAAAGAAUUAGAACUUCAGAAUAGUAAAGUAGUUCAAGAUAGUGAUGUUAUUGUUGAAAGAUUGUCUGAUAAUCCUUCAAACGUUUUAAAUGAAACUGACCAUGAAUGUGUUGAGAAAAUAGAAGAAAUUCCUGAUAAUAGUGAAAGUGAGAUGAAAAGAACAGAGACAGAAUCUGAAAUUGAUGAAAAUUUUAAGAGUCCAGUAAAUUCCAAAGUAGUAUGUGAAGGAAAAAUAGAACGGUCAAAAAAUGUAACAAAGGAAUCUAAAGAAGAAAUAAGCCAUAAAAGAAAGCAGAAGGCCUCACAGCAGACUGGAGAGUACAGAACUUACAGAGAAUGGAGACUUGCAAAGGAAAGAAUGAAUAGGUACUUUUACAAUCAGAGUUUGGAAAAUGAGGCUAAUAAUCAGAGAAAGCUAGAAAGUGGUGAAAGUCAUUCAAAAAGCAAUAACAUGAGUAACACUCUAAACAAGGUCAGUGAAUCUGAAAAUGUAAAUAAAUGUGAUGAAAAUAGUGGCACAGGAGAUAACAAGCUAUAUCAUGAUACUGAUGAUAGCAAUAAAAUUGGUAAAGUUAAUUCUAGAGAAAUAAGUGAAAAAUUAUCUCCAGAUGCUUGCACUGAAUUGAGUCACCAUGAAAGUACACAUUUGGAUAAAUCUGAUACACAAAUAGUGCAUGAACAAUUAAAGGUAAGAAAGCCAGAUGAAAAUGUGCUUGGAAAACUAAUUAACAAAAAGUUGGAUAUAAAAUCACGGAGCAAAACAAUGAUUGAUAGCGAGAAAGUGAAACAAAAGAAUGCAAAUGGGGACAAAGACAAACAAAUGAAUGAAAAUGAUAAGUUUAGGUAUAAGGCAAAUGACUUGAGCAGAAGAAGGAAUAGUUCAGACAGUUUGUCAAGUCAUCAUUCAAAGGAUAGGUCAACUCAUAGGCAUGAUAGAUCAAAGUCUAGAGACCAAGAUUCUGAUAAAUCAGACAAACAUAAACACACUAAAAGUUAUCAUAGUGGACAUAGCGACAAACAUAAAAAAUCAGAUAAUCAUCAUAAAAAAUCUCAAAAAGACAAUCAUUAUGAUAAACACAGUUCUAGUUCUAAAGACAAUAAAUAUAGUUCUAGUUCUAAAGACAAUAAAUAUAGUUCUAAGGAUAGUAAAUAUAAGUCUAAUGACAAUAAAUAUAGUUCUAGAGACAGAAAAUACAGUUCUAGUUCUAAAGAUAGUAAACACAGUUCUAGUUCUAAGGAGAGUAAAUACAGUUCAAGUUCCAAAGAUAAACAUCAAUCAAGUUUUAGAAGUGAACAUAGAUCCAGUCAUGAAGAUUCUAAUCCUGGUAGAUACCAUUUUAGCCCGGAUAAUGAUAAAAAGGAUGUCAAUGAAAAUAGAAAUUUACAAAGUCAGCAGAAAUUGGAGAUUAACGAACAUAAACAUAAAGACAAAUCCAAAGAGCAUAGAUUUGAAAAUGAUUCUAAAAUGAAUUUAUUUGAAAAAAUGGCACUGGAAAAUGAAAAAACAACAGAAAAUAAAAAUGAUACCAAUGUUAAAAUUAAUUUGUUUAAAAAACUAGCAAUGGAGAAUGAAAAGCCUAUUGAAAAUAAAGUUAAUACCCAUUCUAGAGUUAAUUUGUUUGAAAAAUUGGAACAAGAAGAUGAAAUUAUAGAUGUGGUAGGUGGAAUUUCCAGUGAUGAGGAUAACAAAAACUUGAAAAAUGAUAAUAACUUUGAAUAUCCGGUGAAAACUAAAGAGAGAUUAAAUGAUGAAAAGUAUAUGAAAACAGCUUAUGUUAAGCUUUAUGAUAUUCAUAGAAGUAAAGUGAAAGAAUUCAAGAAAAAGAAAAAUAUACCAAUAAAAUCCAGGGAAAAUAUAUUUGAUCAAAUGAGUGAUGAAAUUUCCUCUGGUUAUAAUUCUCCAAUAUCCUCAAGUUUGAAAGCAUGUAAGGAGGGUGCCAUAACAAAAUCUACAAAAAAUAACAGGAUAAAGUCUACAGAGAACAGAGAAACUGUAAAACGCCUCAUUCUUAUCUCUGAAGAUAGCUCUUCUGAUGUAGAUCCGUUUGCCAAAAUGAGUAUGUUUUUGAAUAAAGACAAGAAGAAAACUAUUCAAACGAAUUUUGUGAAGAAAUCAAAACAACUGAAACAGUUUUUGGUUACAGAUGACAAUACAUCAGAUUGUGUAGAAACGCCAGGAUAUGAAUCAAGUUCUACUGAACAAAAAUCCACCUGCAAGCAUGGUAAACAGAAAAAAGAAUUUGUAAAAUUCUUGAAAAGAGUGAAUAAGUCUCUGUACUGGAAAGAUAUUAAAUUAAUUCUUCCUAGAGUUGCUUUGAAAAGGUUAGAUGAUAAGGAUAUCAAGAUGUUGAAGACUAAAUUGAAAAGAAAAUAUGAACCUGAGAUUAUGGAAAAAGAAAAUGAUAGUAAUUUGCAAGAUAAAAAUGAUAGUAAUUUGCAAGAUAAGAAAUCUACAGAAAAUUCAAAAACCAUUGCUGAAAAUAAAAACAACAAAGCAUUCAGAAGAAUCAUUCCUAUUACUUGCUCUUCUACUGAACAAAGUGAGUCCUCUGACUUGGAAAGGAUAAUUUCACCAAAAGAGAGAAGACCUAUUAUAGAAGAGAGUGAUGACGAUUUUGAAGGAUCUCUUGGGUCAGAAGACUCAGUUUGUUUUGAUAUCAGUGAUUUAUCUGAUAAAGAGGAUAAUUCAAUGGUACAAAACCUACAUGAUGAAGCAAGCAGGGUUGAUUAUGACUUACAUGUUGAUCCAGAAUCUACUGUAGUUAAAGAAAAUUUUUCGCCGGAACAUGAUACAAAAUUAGAGACUCCUGUUGAGACUGAAAAAAUUCAAUCUGUUGACAGGACAGAUGAAGAUGAUGCAGUUAAAAAUAAACCUGUCACUGAAACUCUGCAAGAAAAUGAUAAGUCAGAUGAAAAGUUUGAAAGUGAAACAAUCAAGCAAGGUGGUUAUAAAAUGACAUGUUCAGAGAGUGCAGGUAAACACCUUAGAAGAAGAAAUCAUAGCGAUAGUAGCUCCGAUUCAAGUGAAGAUGAAAACCCUCGUGAAAAUAAAUCUGCUAAAAAGUACCAGAAAAUGCAAUCAUUAAUAACAGAUGAAAAAAGGUCUGGUGGUAAACCUCAUUCAAAUAAUGAUAAUACCUUUAACAAAAACACAAGUCCAAAAGAUUCUGUUCUAUCACAUGCUAAGCAAUUGUUUAAAAAAAGUAAACAGAUUAAGAGAUCUUCAUCGAUCAUGCAGUUGGAUGGUAAUGCAGAUCUCAUUGCUGGCCCUCCUGACGAAUCCUCAGGUGAAGAAGGUGAUGUAGAGGAUAACAUAAUAAAUCUUGACUCUGAUGAAGAAUGUUCUGCAUCACAAGACCUUUUUGCUGAUUUACCUAAAAGACUUGUGCAGAUGUCUCAAAACUUCAAACAAAUAAUUAGGUCAGCAACUACUGCUAAUCCUGUUACUUUAACAGAAGAGGAUGAAGUAACUCAAACUGAUGAUGUUAGUGGCAAUCAAGGGAACAAUAAUGACUCUCCUGCAUCAUCUGACCAAACACAAGAACCAGGGGAGGAAAAUACUGAAAAUGUUGAAGGUAAAGAAGAGCUUGUAAUAAAAGACGAACCAGACUGGCUUAAGUGCUACACACAGGAACCAGACACAAUAUUUCUAAGUGAUGAUGAUGAUGAAAUGAUUAUGUCUGUAUCCCAGCCUGUAAUUCUGGUAUCGGAUGAUGAUACUCAAGAUCCUUGUGCAGAUGAUAAACUAGAUAUUUGUACAGAUGAUAAACUAGAUAUUAGGGUGAAGCAGGAGAAACAGGAACCAGGUUGUUUUGGAUCACAGGAAACAUCAUUUGAGUAUACGUUUGAGGACUAUUCUAGUGCUGAAGAUUGGUCUGAUAAUGGAAGUGACUUUGAACCUGAAAAUAUGUUCCAAAGUUUACAAAAGCAGACAAUCACUAAUACACAUAUGGUAAGUCCUGAUCAUAGCUUGAGUGAUGUUAGUCUAAUAUCUGAACAGAGAACACCUAAGCCAAGGACUUUGCAAUGUUCAAAAGACAGUGCAAAUGAAAAAGAUGGAUUUGAGUCUAGUGAUGGGCCUGUAUUGUCAGUGAAAGAAGAUGAGCUUGUCCUUGACACUUAUGUGGCUGAUGCUCAUAUUUCAAGAGAUAAGAACAAACAGCUUUUUAAAACUGAAACUGAAGACAAUAAUUCUGAGAAUAUGAAAUCAGAUCGCAAUUUAGAUGAAGACUUCGGUUCUAGUGAUGACAAUCUUUUAUCAGAAAGUGCUUUCCAUUUAGAAAAUCAAUAUCAGAAAACUUUAGCCUCAAGAAAAGAAGUUGUGUCUCACAGUGAAGAUAAUGAGACUUCAGAAGACGAAAGUGUAAAUAAAAAAAGGAAUCCAUAUAUGGAAGAAACACAGGUGGAUCCAAACAUAACAGAUGAAAAUACAAGCAACAGUGUUAGUAUUUUUGAAUUGCAUUCACUAAAAUUUUCAGAUAUUUCAGAUAGUGAUAGUAAGCCAGUCAGUGAAGAGACAAAUAUUAUUAAACGUAAUGAAUCCAGUAACGAAAGAAAUUAUGAUUACGAGACUUUAUCAGAUGAUAGUGACUUUAUGAUUAUUGACCCUCCAAAAGAUGCUUAUGAAGUUAAUACCCAAGUUGAAACAUUUUUAAAACAAAGUGAUGGUAACAAAUAUGAUGAUAAAGAUAUGGAAGCAAUAUUUGGAGAGCAAACACAAGUAAAUGAGACCGAUAUUGAUACAGAUGAUACUGAGGACAAAACAGACAAAGAUAAUGUUAAUGAUUUAUACUUGGUUCAAACACAAGCAGAUGAACCAGAAUUUUCUUCAGUUAGUGGCAAUGUUUCCCAAAAAGGUCCUGGAAGUAAAAAACUCCCCUUACAGAAGCCAAGGCAAAGUGCAGAGAAUGAGUUAUAUGAGAUUCAAACACAAGUCAAUGAUCUAGAACGUAGUGAUGCAUCAAACAGGGUGCAGUUUGAUGAAGCCUCACAAGAAGAUCUAUCUGAUGAAUCAUUUUCUGGUGAAGAUCCUCAGCUUAAGUCAUAUAUUCCACUAAAGCAGCAAGAUAAUAACUUGAGAAAUAAAAGAUUAAGACAGAAUCUUGGUAUUGAAUAUGAAGAAUUUAGUGAUGAUAAUAUUGCUUACCAUGCAAAUACAGAAUCCAUUUCUUCUCCAGAUAAUCAGGAUUCUGAUGAUUCUUACAUAUUAACUCAGGUUGAUAGAGCACCAAGAAAAAAACAAAUUGAAAUAGCUAUGUCAGAUACCUCUAUUACUAAUGAUGCUUACUUCAAGGCUACUCAAGUUGAUUUUGAGAUGGUAAAGGAAGUAGAAAAAGAGAAGAUAGAUGACCAAGAUGUGUAUGAUAUGGCCACCCAGGUUGAUUCUGCUGAUUCCGCAGACUGUCAAGAAAGCUGUGAUAGCAGUAUAAUUAUUAUAUCUGAAAUAGAUGAUGAGAAUCAGUCAUCAGACAAUGAUGCCUAUCUACAAGCUACUCAGGCUUAUAUGGACGACAAAAAUGGUGAACAAAGUAAUGAAGGGAAUAUUUUCAACAUGGCAACACAGAUUGAUGAUUGUAUAAAAUUGAGCAGUGAUGAAAGUAGUAUUGAAAGUGUCAGUCUUUUAAAUGAAAGAAAAGAUAAAAAUUUGAAGAAAGUAAAAAAACAAGAAUCCUCUUCUGGUGAUGAUUUUUAUCAAUCAAUCAAUCAAGACUCUAUUGAAAAUAAAAACGAACAAGAUAGUAAUGAAACACAAGAAGAAGAUGACUUCUACAAUAUGGCAACCCAAAAAGAUGCAAGUAAUAUGAAAAUGAGUAUUAAGAAAAGAAAAAAAGGUAUUGUAACUAUACCAGAAAGUAAGGAAAAAUCUGUUUGUGAUAUGAAAGAUUGGAAUGCUUCUGUUGAUGAUGAUGUAUACAUGGCAGCCACACAGGCUUUUGAUAAGGAUCAAAGUGAACCAACUGAAGAAGAAGAUGUCUUCAAUAUGGCAACACAAAAAGAUGUGUUUAAAAUGACAGGCAUUAAAAAGAAGACAAGCAUUAUGAAGAAUAAGGAUAACAAUUCAAGUAAAGAUACAAAGAAAAGUAAAGAACUAUGUGAUAUUGUGGCACAAAAAGAGGUAAAUAAAUUGUCAAAAAGUGAUAUGAACAAAGUAUUUAUAAAGGAUUUAAGUACUGUGACUACUGAAGGUGAUGAUGAUGCCUUUUUACAAGAUACCCAAGCUUAUGUGGAUGAUGUAACUGAACACCAAGGAUUGGAUGUAGACGAUAUUUAUAACAUGGAAACGCAGAUUGAUGUAAGUGACACUGAAAAUAACAAUGAAAAUAUAGAUGAUAUUUGUAUUUUAUCCAAAAGCACUGAGAAAGAUUCAAGUGAAGUAACACAGAAGGAUACUGAUGUUGAUUAUGAUGUUUAUCAGGCAGCUACUCAGGCUUAUGGUGAAGAUAUAAAUGAAGAUGAAAAUGAACAAUCAGAAGAAGAAGAUGUUUUCAGUAUUGCAACACAGAAAGAUGUUUUUAAAUUUUCAAGUGAUGAAAGUGAUGAACAUGAAAAGUAUCCAGUAAAUGAAGUAAAGCAAAUAGACAAACUGUUAGAAAAUAAUAAGUAUAAACAAUUCACAAUAGAUUUUGAUGAUGACAAUGAUGAGGCAUAUUAUAUGGAGACCCAAUGUGAUGAACUUCCUGAUAUUUUACAAUCAAAUGAUGAAGAGGACUUGAAUCUAUUAACAGAAUCUACAGAAGAUGAAGUUAAUGCUUUAUCUGAUCAAAGUAAACCAACUUCUAACAAAGUAAAUGAUAUUGGUAAAAAGACUGUCUUAGGGACCAAAAGUAUAUUAAAAAGACCAUAUGCUGAAACUACAGGAAAGAAUGUCAAAUUUGAUGCCCAGUUUGAAAGCAGUGUAGCUAAGAAACCAAGAUUUAUUUUACCAGAAAGAAAAACAGUUACAAUAGAACCACAAAAACUGAAAACCACAGCAGAGAAAAGAGUUUCUGGUAUAUUUAGUACAUUUAAAUCAAAGCAUUCGCAAAAUUUAGGUAGCAGUAAUGCAGGCAUAGAAAUGUUGGAUGCUACAAAAUCUGACAUGUGGCUAUCAAAAAAGAUUCCAUCAAAACAUUUAGGUAAGAAAGGAGCAAAGAAUGAGACUGUUAAGAAAAGAAAGAGAAAGGAAGAUGAAGGAUUCUCACUACAGGCAAAAAUGAUGGCUGCUAGAUCACAGUUAAAGGAGCGUGCAAUGUACAAUGCCACUCACCCAGAUUCCAUAAAAAGAGUAAAGAUGGGACCGACAGCAACAGUCACCUCAUCGGAGCUGGAAGAUGUUACCUUACCAACAGAAAGUCAAAUUAUUGACCAAGGUUUACCAUUGUUGAAUUCAACAGGUUUGCUAUUGAAGGGAAAGGUAUCUACUCCACACUCUACCACUGAUAAACAGAUGGAGUCUACAAAUACAACAACAUCUAUGUUGUUUAUAUCAACAUCGACUGUAUCAACAUCAAUUACUACUGCUGUACCAACUAGUGUCCAAUCUACCUCUGUAACUUCUAUUCUACACGCCUCAAUUUCUAGUGCUGAAAGUACCUCAAAAAACUUAAAUAACUCCAAAGAAAAUGAUAAACAUUUAAGUACAACACAGUCAGAAAGCAUUGUACAAAGAGGUAGGAGUGCUAGUGGCGAUGUAAGACUUGCUGAACAAUCAUCAGUCAGUAAAGCUGACACAUAUCAUAAAGCUAAGAAGACAGAAAGCACUACUAACAAAUCAAGUUCUCAUUCCAAAUCAGACAAACACAGUAAUAGGAAUGAAGAUGGAAAAAGUUUAAGUUCUAAGGUAGACAAAGAAAAUGUUAGUAAAAGUAAGACUGAUAACAGAGUGUCAAAGGAUAGAGAAAAGAGAAGUACUCGUGAGAGGAGUAAAAGUGGAGAUUCCAGGAAAGAAAGAGAAAAUAAAGAUAAACACAGAAGAGCUGAAAGAGAUAAUGAUAAAUAUAAACAAAAGAGUGGUGAAAGUAAGAAGGAAAAGAAUAGAAGUGCUGACAUAAAGAAACAUGAUAAUAAAAAGGAAACAAUGAAAGAAAGGCACAGCAGUGGGAAUAAACAUGAGAAACAAAAGUACUCCAAUUCUAAACAUUCUGCAGAUCAAAAUGAUCCAAAAUAUAAAGGGAAGGAAAAUGACUCUAAAUCUGAAUCAGAUGUUAACAGAGAUAUUCCAAAUAGAAAUAUAGCUCCAGUUUUAUCAGGUUUAAGUGAAAUAGGAGAAAAGACAACUGUGGUAUGUUCUUCUAUAGUAUCUACAGGGUUAUCAUCAAUAGUAUCUACCUCUUUAUCAACAGUUAUAAGCUCAUCUUUAGUUACUAGUUUGACUUCUACAUCAUAUAAAGGGGCCAUACCAGUGAUCUCAGGAAACACCACACAAAAUGCGAUAAAUGUAUCUACAUCUUGUACAGGGACAAUUCCAGUGAUCUCAGGGACUACUACACAAAAUGUGGUAAACUUACCUACAUCAGUGACAAGUGGAACUUCUGUAUGUCGGAGUACAAGUAGACCGGUUCCUACAGUAAGAACUCAUAUAGAAUCAUCUGUACUACUUCAGAAACAGAGCAGUCAUCCACCAGUAACAUGUUCCAGUAUAAAUGAACCACCAACAAUUGUAGCACCAAGCAGGCAGCCAUUACAGCCUCUUCUCAACGAUAAUAUAUACAACACAUUUAACAAUGUUUCAACUCUAAAAUGGGACAACUUUUUGAGAGUGAUAUUGAAGUGGUCACCAAAUUGGUUUGAGGAAAGAGAGAAGAUGGAGCAGUUGGACAGACGUGUUCCCCCUCCUGAUGUAACCAAUGAUCUGUGUGGUCAUGGCAACCAUAUGUUGUUCCCUCUUAUAGGAAAAUAUGUGUCGUUCAAGGAAUACAGCGAGAAAUUUAUGCUGCCUUUAUUACUCCAUGAAACAUGGGAAAGUUGUUACAGUACAUGGAGAGAGAGAAAGAAUAGAAGAAAACUUGUUGAACAUAAGAUGAUGUUCAGUCACCAGGCUCCAGGUGGAGACAAACUCAUUGUCUAUACUCUACUUGGAUUGAUCUCGGAGCGUGAUAUAGGUAACAAUGUUACAGAAGGAGAUUUAGUUAAACUAACAAUCAAUGGUGAUAUGAAGAUGGACAAUCAGAACAAAAGAAACUUGGAUUACACAAUGUCGGGUUAUGUUGAUAACGUUAAAUACAGGGAUUUCUCCGUAGACAGGAUAUGUGCCCACUACAAGGAGAUGGGUGAAAUAAGGAAGGGAUUAAGGAACUGUAUAUCAGUGAAAGUAAAUGUGAGAGUUAGAAGCAGGUCCUUCAUUCCCAGUGACAAGGUCAUAGUUCAUUUACAGUCAAUAAGUACCAUUAUGAACACAUGGCGACAGUUUACAGGAUUGUCUUGUAUUCCUAGAAGUCCAUUAUGUCGAGAUCUUCUCUACCCUACAGCUAAUAUGACAUACUGUGAUAAAGCACCUGCCAGUGUUCAAGGUGCACAGGAUAAGUAUAAUGAGAGUCAAUCAAAGGCUAUAAAUACAGCAGGUAGAAUUGUGAUGUUACCAAAGGAACUACCUAGAAUCUGUCUGUUACAGGGACCGCCAGGGACCGGUAAAUCACACACCAUAGUGGGUAUCAUCAAACAUAUUGUUAAAGUAAUGAGAGGAAAAUGUCGGAUCUGUCUGACGGCACCUUCUAAUGCAGCUGUAGAUGAACUCUUAAGGCGACUUAUUAAAUACAACAGAAAUAUAGAUAAAAAUGAUCAGAUAAAAUUGGUGAGGUUAGGGAAGAAGUCUAGUGUACAUGAAGAUAUACACUCACUUUGUCUAGAUAAUUUGGUGGAGAAGAAUUUACGUCAAGCUCAGAAAGAAGAACUUCUGAAACAAUUACCAAUGAGCUUGCAGGAAGAGAGAAAAACUCUACAGAAUAAAAUUAUUGCUGUUACUAGAACUAUAGAAACUGCUAAAGAUCAGUACCAGAGACAGAAACAUAGAUCUGAUUUAAAGAAGUUAGAAAAACAGAAAGAAGUCCUUGAGAGCAAAUAUGUCUUGCCAAAGGCGUACAUAGACAAGCAACAGGAGAGACAGGCACAGUGUAAUUUACUACUGAAAGCUCAUGUCAUUGCGGGCACAUUGAGUAAAAUAGGUGGUGGAGAAUUAAGGUCGGCAUUCCAGAAUAUGACAGGUCCAGGCUUUGAUGUUGUUAUUGUUGAUGAGGCAACACAAGCUAUAGAGUUAGAGACAUUGAUUCCCCUACAAUAUGGUGUAACCAAACUAAUCCUGGUGGGUGAUCCAGAACAACUUCCUCCAACAGUUCUCUCACAGAAAGCAACAGAGAACCAGUUCAACAUGUCAUUGUUUGAGAGAUUGGAUGGACAUUUUAAAGGACAGAGUAUAAAUCCUGUCAUCUUAUUAAACAGACAGUAUAGAAUGGACCCGGAAAUUGCUGCUUUCCCCAACAACUAUAUCUAUGAGGGGAAAAUAACAAAUGACAAAUGUGUUGAGAACAGAAGUCAACUACCACUGGUUCCCUAUUUGUUGUUUAAUGUUUCUGAAGGCAGGGAACUCUUCUCACAGGGAACCAGAUCUAUGAGUAAUCCACUAGAGGCAAUAUUUACUGCAGAACUUUGUAAAUUCAUCAUAACCAACUCCUCUGUCAUUGAAAAGGUCAUUGGUAUAAUAGCACCUUAUGCUAAACAGAAGUCAGAAAUAGUCAAAGAGUUAGAGAAAAGACAUCUCAAUAAUAUUGAAGUAUCCACAGUGGAUGGUUUUCAAGGGAGAGAAAAACAUGUGAUAAUUAUGUCCUGUGUUCGUGCCAAUCAGUCUGGUACUAUAGGGUUUGUUGGUGACAGGAAGAGGAUGAAUGUUUCACUAACUCGGGCAAAAUAUGCCAUGUAUUUAGUCGGCCGUUUUGAGUCAUUAGAGGUGAGUGAUGAAUGGAAGGCACUUUUAGCUGAUGCUAGACACAGGAGAAAGAUUAUAAAUGUUGAUCAAUUCUCCAUGCAAGAUGCCAUUAAACAAAUAUUUAGAAAUCUUUGAAAACGAUAUACAAAAAUAUCAAAAUAGCAAAACAGCGUAAUGACAAAUUGUUCAGCGAUAUUUUUAUUAGAAGUAGAUAAUAGAUAAUACUUGAUAUAGACAUUAUACAUAUAGUGCUUAAAACAAUGUUCAGAUUAUAAAACAUACAGGAUCGACUUGUGUGGAUAUAUCAGUAUAUGACCAGUUUUAAAGCAGAUCUAAGAAAUUCAACUAGACUCUUGGAAAAUUGGAGGAAUUUAGCACAGAAAUAGGAAAUAAGCACAAGAAAUUUACAGAGCUGAAGCCAGCUUAU